UUAAGGACAUAGAUUUUGUGAACCACAAACAAAUGGCGAGCACUCUGUGUUCCGUACACCGCUUUCUUCCCUCCCAAAGGAGGGAAAAGGUUGAAUACUUGAGUGCUCUCAGGACUUCAUUUUGUGGAAAAGUUGUAUGUAAUCCAAGUUUCUCUGGGAGACAAAUAGCUAGAAGCCAUGGAAACCGUCUUGUUAUUAGCUCACUGCUUGGAAGGAGGGUGAAGAGCAGAGAGACAGUGAUUCCUGAACCAGAUUACAGGAUUCCAAUUGUACUACUUGAACCUUGGGAUACACCACCCCAAAAGCUAGCUCAAAGGGUGGGAGUGCCCAAGACAAGAAAGAAAUUCCAUCGGAAAGAAAGUGGGGGGCGGCGAGAUUUGAACCCAGGUAUAGCUGGCGGGUUGGUUUACACAGAUAAUCUGGUACCUGCUGUACCUGUUGGUCUCCUUGGAUUGCUUUUGUUGUUCCAGACCACUAGAGUGAGAUUCGUCUUUGAUGAUGAGGCUCUGGAGGUAAAGAUAGGUGAUCAGCUCCAGGAAUCAGGUGACAAUGUUUUCGUGGGAGGAAGAAACCGCUGGAAGUACUCAACAUUUGUUAAUUGGGAAUUCUGGUGGCCAAACUUCCCUAUCUUGGUUUACUUCAAGGAGACACAAACAAAGCCCGAGGGACAAAUUCAUUUCUUCCCGAUAAUCUUUAAUGGGAAGCAGCUUUAUGACACUAUGGCGGAAAGAGCUGGCCCUUCAAAAACUAGUGGGCCAAAAGAAUCAUAAGAACUGAACUGUGUGGUUAGAGCCUAAGUUUGGCAUAGAAAUCCAGAGUCUGAGACCCCUGCAAAGAGGCUUGUGAAGUUGGGAUUAAUAUUGUUUGUAAGUUUGUUGUAAGACGGUGAAGAAUCCUUCCUGUUUCUCUUCCACGCACAGUUCUCGGUUGUUUUAGGUAGACAAGAAGUUGGAGCUAAACAAACAGCUCAAUUAUUGAGUCGUCUUGUUCACGUUAGUAUAGCAGAUCCUAUUUCUUGUGAGCUUGGCCAGUGAUUUUACUUCAUUCUGGAAGAUGUGCAACCAUAUUUAUUUGGACUAUGUUGGCUUCCACAAAUGAUAUAAUUCCCUGUACAAUUUAGAACUCAAUAUUUGU